UGCCAUUAAUUUAGUGUGAUCGACAUUGUGACGAAAUAACCGCGCUGCUUAGUGUCUGAUCAUACUGGUCAGGAAGUGUAAUGAAAUAACAGAUUAUACACCUAAAUAAUAUGUUAUAUGAUAUCGUUGUAUAAUUAUAAAUCAAACAUCAUUAAUAAUCAAUCAUCAAUUUUUAAUGUUAAUAUAACAUAAUUCUUUUACUGAUACUAAUCUACACAAUUAAGUUAUAAUGUAAACUUAAAAACUUCUUUAUUAGAAAUAACAGAAUUACAUAAUCUUAAAUUUAAGUAAGGUCAAUGACGAUAAAUGAUAUCAACAGCAUGUUUGAUCAAUAUUUAUUUAUUUAUAUAACAUGAACGGGUGAAUCGCCCUUUUUAUAAACAAUAUUUUCGCUGAUUUCAACUCUUAAUCUUUCGUAUGAUUCAUCUAGUUAUAAUUUUAUUGUGUAAAAUAAUAUAUAAUUCUAAGUUUUAAAUAUUAAAAUGAAAAAUUCAAGAAAAAAUUUUAAUAGUCCAAAAAAUCAAAAAUGUAUUGAAAGUCAUUGUCCAGACGAAAAAAAUGGUUCCCCGAUUGUUAACAUUCUAACAGAAGUGAACUCUAAUACUAUAAACUCAUUCAUGGUAAAAGAACCUAUAGCAUCAGAUGAUAGUUCAAGUUAUAGCAUGACACUCAGUGAAUUUGAAGAAGAUCGAUGGCACAAUCCAACAUCUUUAACCAAUGAGACAACUGACGUAGAGAAUAUUCAGCGAUUAAUUAAAUAUAUACGAGUAGGCAACCAAACUGCCACGGCGAUAGCACUGGCAGCUCUAGGGGACUAUGAUCUAGGUGAUGAAACUAUUCAAAGUAUUGUAAUUUCAUUUGGAGGAACUGAUCUAUUAAUCAAUUUAUUAGAAACGGAUCACAAUGAAUGUCGGCAUGGUGCCUUAGCAAUUCUUCAUGAAAUGUCAUUUUUAUUGGGUACUAGAAGAAAUCUAACCAAUUUGGGUGCCAUUCCAAUUUUAGUAAAUUUAUUAUCAGAUAGAUCCUCCGAUAUUCAGAUUUUAGCAGCAGAAACAUUAGCAAAUAUCGCUAUGAUAAGAAAAGGUCGAAAGUUUAUACGAAAAGCAGGUGGUAUAAAAUUAAUGGUAAAAUAUAUGGACGUACAAGAUCAUAUUUUGAAAACAGAUAAUGACCUUUUACUUCCUGCACAACAAAAAUCAUUGACUUUAUUGUGUAAGUGUUCACAAGCCAUAUGGUUUAUUUCAAAGUCUGAUAAAAAUAAAGAUGCAAUGAGAUAUUCAGGUAUCAUACCAGUAAUGGCAAAACUUUUAAAUUCAAUACACAAAAAUGUGGUUAGCUCUAUUAUGGGAGUUAUAGUUAACUGUGCAACUCAAUCUGUUUUUCGAAAUGCUAUUAAAGAAGAAGGAAUGUUAAUUGAUAUACUUAAAUUACUAAAAAGUCCAGAUCCUUUAAUGUUACAAAAUGCAGCUGAAAUAACACUUUAUUGUGCUGAAGAUCUUGAGAGCCGGAAGCUAAUAAAAGAACAAGGAGGCUUAAAUUCAUUGGUGAAUAUUGUAAAAGUUGAAUCACAUAGAUCAGAUGUAAAAUUAAUGGAAGCUGCAACUGGCGCAAUAUGGAAGUGCUUAAUGAAUUCAGAUAAUGUUAAACGAUUGGAAGAUAUUAAUGGAAUACAUGUUUUAGUGAAGCUGCUAGAUUCUGAUAGCGAACAAGUUAUAGCUAAUACUGUGGCAUCAAUGGCAGAAUGCACCAAAAUUUGUCGAAAUAAAGUAGCUCUAAGAGCAGCUGAUGGAUUGGUUCCUAUGAUUAAACUAUUGCAGAACUCUAAUCACGAACAACUUCUCAUAAACGUAUGUCGAGUGGUCAACAAUUGUGCUACUGAUCCACAGUGCAUUGAACAGAUAAUUAACAACGACGGUAUACGUUUGGUGUGGUCUAUGAUGAAGUUCGACUCUACAAUGGUUCAAUCCACUGCUGGUCACACAUUAGUGACAUUACUUAAAAAUACUAAAAAUUCUAGCGAUAUCAUGAGUUCAUUAGUGACUGGAUUAGUUAUGUUAGUUGAUCUAUUAAAAUCAUGUGAUACGGAUGUUUUGGCAGCUACUUGUGCCGUUAUUGGAAUAUUAGCUAAAGAAUCUGAGAACUUAGCGAUCCUCACUGAUUAUGAUAUUGUACAACGUCUCUCAACCUUAGUGUAUACGAACAAUGCAGAUCUCCAAGCUCAUUUGUCACGAGCUAUAGGUUCAUGUUGUCUAUUAAGUCGUAACUGCCAUAUAUUUGGGAAACUCGAUGUAGUACUGCCUAUUUCCAAAUAUAUUUAUUCAACUUCUGAAUUAGUGAAAGAAAACGUUACUUUUGCUUUAUAUGGUCUAUCUGGAGAUGCAUCAAAUUGUAUAGCUAUGGAAUCAUGCGGAGUCGUUCCAGUGAGUUUUUCCAGUUUUUAAUGGAAACAAUUUCAUCAAAAGAUCCUGAUGUUCAAGAAGCUUCUGCUGGAUGUUUAGCUAAUAUUCGAAAAAUUGCUCUAAACAUUAGAAAUUAUCAAUAAAUAAAUAUGAUGCAACAAAAA